GUGAGGGCGCGCGGCGGCCCGGGCUCAGAGUGCCGGGCGGGAGCGGGGAGCGGGAGCGCGGACGGCGGGCGGGCAGCGCGGACGGCGGGGCUGCCAUGGGCGCGCAGUGACCGCUGCGCAGCGCGAUCUUCCUCGGCCGCGCGGAGCUCCCGGGCCGGCGGUGCGCGUCCUCCGCCACCAUGAAAGACGACUUUGCAGAGGAGGAGGAGAUGCAGUCCUUCGGUUACAAGAGGUUUGGUAUUCAGGAAGGAACACAAUGUACCAAAUGUAAAAACAACUGGGCACUGAAGUUUUCUAUCAUAUUAUUAUACAUUUUGUGUGCCUUGCUAACAAUCACAGUGGCCAUUCUGGGAUACAAAGUUGUAGAGAAAAUGGACAAUGUGACAGGAGGCAUGGAGACAUCUCGCCAAACCUAUGAUGACAAGCUCACAGCAGUGGAAAGCAACCUGAAAAAAUUAGGGGACCAAACUGGGGAAAAAGCUAUAAGCACCAAUUCAGAACUCUCCACCUUCAGAUCAGACAUUCUGGAUCUUCAACAACAGCUUCGCGAUAUCUCAGAAAAGACCAGCAAGAACAAAGAUAGGCUGGAGAAGUUACAGGCAAGUGGGGACGCACUGGUGGACAGGCAGAGUCAACUGAAAGAAACUCUGGAGAAUAACUCCUUCUUCAUCACCACUGUAAACAAAACCCUGCAGGCGUACAAUGGCUAUGUGACGAAUCUGCAACAAGACACCAGCGUGCUGCAGGGCAACCUGCAGAGUCAAAUGUACUCUCAUAACGUGGUCAUCAUGAACCUCAACAACCUGAACUUGACCCAGGUGCAGCAGAGGAACCUCAUCACUAACCUGCAGCAGUCUGUGGAUGACACGAGCCAGGCUAUCCAACGAAUCAAGAACGACUUCCAAAACCUGCAGCAGGUUUUUCUCCAAGCCAAGAAGGACACCGAUUGGUUGAAGGAGAAAGUCCAGAGCCUGCAGAUGCUGGCUGCCAAUAACUCUGCCUUGGCUAAAGCCAACAACGACACCCUGGAGGAUAUGAACAGCCAGCUCAGCUCCUUCACAGGUCAGAUGGACAACAUCACCACGGCCUCACAAGCCAAUGAGCAGAACCUGAAAGACCUGCAGGACAUACACAAGGACUCGGAGAACAGAACAGCCGUCAAGUUCAGCCAGCUGGAGGAACGCUUCCAGCUCUUUGAAACGGAUAUCGUCAACAUCAUUAGCAACAUCAGUUACACGGCCCACCACCUGCGGACGCUGACCAGCAAUCUGAAUGAAGUCAGGACCACUUGCACAGAUACCCUGACCAAACACACGGACGACCUGACCUCCUUGAAUAACACACUGGCCAAUAUCCGCUUGGAUUCUGUUUCUCUCAGGAUGCAGCAAGAUACGAUGAGAUCGAGAUUAGACACGGAAGUAGCAAACUUAUCAGUGAUUAUGGAAGAAAUGAAGCUUGUGGACUCCAAACAUGGUCAGCUUAUCAAGAAUUUUACAAUACUGCAAGGUCCUCCUGGCCCCAGGGGUCCGAAAGGUGACAGAGGAGCGCAGGGGCCCCCGGGGCCCACUGGCAACAAGGGCCAGAAGGGAGAGAAAGGGGAGCCUGGCCCGCCCGGCCCCGCCGGGGAGAGGGGCCCCAUCGGGCCGGCGGGCCCCCCCGGAGAGCGAGGCAGCAAAGGCUCCAAAGGCUCUCAGGGCGCCAAAGGCUCCCGCGGGUCCCCGGGGAAGCCCGGCCCUCAGGGCCCCAGCGGCGACCCGGGCCCUCAAGGCCCGCCGGGCAAGGACGGCCUCCCCGGCCCCCAGGGCCCCCCCGGCUUCCAGGGCCUGCAGGGCACCGUGGGGGAGCCCGGCGUGCCGGGGCCGCGGGGGCUGCCCGGCCUGCCUGGGGUGCCCGGCAUGCCAGGCCCCAAGGGCCCCCCUGGCCCUCCAGGCCCGUCGGGAGCAGCCGUGCCCCAGGCCCUGCAGAACGAGCCAACCACAGCACCCGAGGCCAACGGCUGCCCGUCUCACUGGAAGAACUUCACAGACAAAUGCUACUACUUUUCGGUCGAGAAGGAAACUUUUGAGGAUGCGAAGCUUUUCUGUGAAGACAAGUCUUCACAUCUCGUUUUCAUAAACACAAGGGAGGAACAGCAAUGGAUAAAAAAGCAGAUGGUGGGGAGAGAGAGCCACUGGAUCGGCCUCACGGAUUUGGAGCAUGAAAACGAAUGGAAGUGGCUGGAUGGGACGCCCCUAGAGUAUAAAAAUUGGAAAGCCGGACAGCCAGAUAACUGGGGCCAUGACCAAGGGCCAGGAGAAGACUGUGCGGGGCUAAUUUACGCUGGGCAGUGGAACGACUUCCAGUGUGAAGACGUCAACAACUUCAUAUGUGAAAAAGACAGGGAGACAGUGCUAUCAUCUUCAUUAUAAUAGACUGUGAUAAUAACAUGAGCAACUUUUCGGACAGUUCUCAAAGGCCCAGGAUACUUCCUUCUGAUUGCAUCACCUGCUCACCAGAUUGGAAAAAGCACUGAAAACCAAUUCCUGAAGAAAUUGACAGCUAAUGUUCUUUGCCAUUUGCCAUUACUCAAGGACUUUGGAACUAAAAUGUUCCCUCGGUAUGAAAUAUUGAUUUUCAGUACGCAAGUGGACUGAAUCACAUAGAUUUAUCAGCCAGUAACUGUACAGUGUAUGCAAAUCGUUAUCUUCCAAAACAUGGAAUCCUCCGAUUAUAAGAAGAUUAUCGUUGGUUGUUGAGCUUUAGGAAGAACUUACACAUAUACUGUGUAAACAGUACCUGACAUUUCUAAAAUCCCAAGUGUAGGAAAAAUAUUCAGACAUGGAGAUAUAUAGGCCAACUCUUAAUGAUAUGAAAUGUACUUAAAGAGCUUUUAAAACUGUAUUUUUGUACAAAAUAUGUGCCUUUUUACAAUCCCCGCCUCUUUUUUUUUUUUUUUUUUGUCAUUGUUGCCAUUUUACCAAUAUAAUACAUGGAGCCAAAGAAAACAAUAUGGUACUAAUAAAAACUCAUAGGGUUUCUUGUCAGAUUUAAUUUUACCCAAUGGCAAAGAUUUUUUUAGUUGUGGUUUAAAAAAAAAACAAACAAAUACCUGUGUGUACAUAUAUAUUUUUAAACAUCAUCAUUUCCUCAGAGGAGUCCACCAUGCAAAAUAUUUACAAAUAUCCUUACACAUUUUGCCAGUGUAGUUAAGCCUGAGCACACACAUGGCUCAGUCAAGUGGGCUGUUCAUUGAGCCCAUCACCAACCAACACCCUUGCUGCUGUGUGCCUGGCCAAGCCCAGAGCUCAGCGCAGGAUGUGCCUCUCCUCACGCUGGUGGGGUCGGGGUGGCGGAGAGGAGUCUGUUGGGAAGAGCAGAGCACCUGAAUCUGGCUGUUUAGAAGAUCCGGAUUUAUGGCCAAGGUGUGAAUUUACUUGGUUUUAGACCCAUCCCAGGGCCGAUAUUAACUCUCAAGAAUGCAUGGCAUCACAUCAGCCAAAGGCAGAGAUGCUGGAAAGAUAGGGACAGCUAUGUGCUACCUGGAAAGUUUAAGUCAGGUUCUAAAACUUACAUAAUUCAAAAAAAUAAAAAUUACAUACUUCCAAGGCACAUGCAUGACGAAUGCAAGAAUAAACGUUUGGCCACUUGGAACUUUUGCAAAGAACCCUUUCCUCUGAGCCUACUUUUCGUCUACUCCUCGAUUUGCCACUGAAAAGUCUACCUAACAUGAACUGUGCUUAAAAUAAGCACCAGAUAUAACCGAUGCUCAAAGGGGAGAUUCCCACCCAACAGAUUCUCCACCCCUCCCCAAGCCCCCCCAGGCAGUGCUGCUACCCAUUCCAAAUACUUUGGUAAAAGAAUAAAGACAAUUUGACUUUCA